CGGCGCAGAGCUGGCGGUGGCAGUGGCGGCCGUAGAGAGACCUCAGUCACCGCCGGGUGUCGAGCAGAGAGCAGGCAGCCUUGUCGUCUGUGUCCGGUGCUUCUAGCAGUCGCCACCUCGCCGGUGUCUAGCAGCAGAUACGUUCUGUCUUUUCGAAUUUGGACCUUUAAUGACAGUUGUGGGAGAGUUAGUCCGAAGCCAAUGAACACAGUAUAAUAAACUUGAAAGCUGGACCUUUAAAGAAUCUGACGUAGAAUUGGAAAUUUGAAAAAUUGGAACAACGCAUCCUGCAAUAUGGCAGAAGGUGAAAAUCGGUUGAGAAUAAAUGGCAACUGCGACGGUGGUGAACGGAAUAGACCACAAUGGUGAUGUGCCGUUCGAGUCAGAAGAGUACGACUUCCACGAAGAUUCAGAAGCCUCCCCGGACCAAGCGGACACGACGGUCGACGACGACGGAGAGCUUCCGCAGUGCAAGAUAAGGCGGAACUAUGCCUGUCCGGAGUGCUCGUACUUCACCCAGAACCCCAGGUUCUUCCUGUACCAUCUGAAGAACGUGCACAAACAGAAGAUCAGGAUAUACGAGUGCCCGAACUGUCUGUACGCGUCCAAGCACAGCCAGAAGCUGCAGAGGCACGUCCAGAUGGUCCACGCGAUGGGGGGCGACAAGAAGAGGGACGCGGCCAAGUCGUCGCCGAAGCCUUCGCCACAGUACAGUCCUCCGGAAGAAGAAGAGGAGGAGGAGGAAGAAGAGGAUGAGGACGUCGGGGACCCCAAAGAGAACGGGGAGAACCGCGCCCUUCCGGACAACAAAGUUUACCGCUGUCCCUCCUGUCCCUUCACCAGCCGCAUGCAGACUCUAGUCACCCGCCACGAGAAGGUGGUCCACCUGAAGAAGAAGUUCUUCAAGUGCGUCAAAUGCAACUAUGUCACGCACAUGAAGGCGAGGUUCACGAAGCACGUCAAGUACCACUCGAUGCCGAUGAUCAAGUGCGAGAUGUGCGACUUCAAGACGCCCUACAAGUGGAACCUCGACCGCCACAUGAAGAACCACAUGAGCGACGGCGCCUUCAAGUGUAGCCUGUGCAACUUCACGGCCGACAUCAAGCAGAGUCUGACCGUCCACGAGAUGAACCACCACGUCCCGCCCGUCGGCCACGUCGCCGGCAACAAGCGGAAGAACAGGGUCGGCGCGUCCGACCUGCAGGAGCAAGACGAUGACGUCCCCGUCGACCACGACCGGGAGGACGCUGAACUCCUACGCCUCGAAAGGGAGGGUGAAAUUCAUCAAGCUCAGAUGCAUGCCUUCAGUGAGCUGUCGAUGUUAAAUGAAAUCGAAAUAACAAAAAAACCGGACAAUUCCCCCCUCCUGUUGAGGAAACCCAUGAUGAAAAAACCCAAGGCAAUUGCACAAUUUAAUGCCAAAGAACUAACAGUAAAAAUAGGUGAGAAAGUUGUCAAUCCGGGCGAUGUCAUUCAACACAAGAAUGGGACAGUUUAUGUGAAGAAGCUCAAGUGUCGUGUGUGUAAUUAUAGAGCAGCAUGGGAGAGUGAGAUGACUCGACAUGAACAAAGAGUCCACGGACUCGAUGAGAAAAAGGGUAUCAUGAAACCUGCAAGGCCUAUUCCUAAUCUCAUACCUAUCCAAAAUAAACCAUCUGGACCUCAAGGCCCUACGCCACCCCCUCCACCUGCACUUCCCAUACCACCCCCUCCCCCACCUCUGCCUCUGAUGCCUCCGUCUAGGCCAAUGAUGCACCAGAAGCCUAUGAUGCAUCCGAUGCAAACGCAUCCUCAUUUUCAGCAGAGUAUGAAUCGACAUCCAUUUCUUCCUCAACAUCCUGCAAUGCAUCAGUUCCAAACUCAUAACCUUCCACCUCAGUAUCCUCAAAUCCCAUCCAGGUUCGCCCAGCCGAAAAACAUCAUGCAGAAAAUGAAGAGGCCUUUUCCUGGAUCGAACCAGAUGCCAAAACCGAUGCAAUCUAGACCAUCACCUCCUCCCCCUCCACCACCUAUUUUGAAAAUACCGACUCCAACCAAAGUGCGGAAUACUUCAACACCACCUGCGACUUCAUCUCCGGACAAAGCUAUGACAGAAAAAGACCUCAACGAUAUUUGUGCAAAAUCCUGUCCAACCAGUGCUCUCAAAGACUUCGCCUCCCUUAUGGGUGGAGAUGAAGCAUUCAAACCUGAGGGCAGCUCGACACCUCAUCAAGGAGAAGCUGAACUUUUUAUUACCAAAAAUGAUAAGAACCAAGAUUCCAUCAAUGAAAAUCAUUCGAUUGACGAUGGUCCAAAGUCACCAGAAGCAAUGAAAAAGAAAAAUUCAUUUUUCGACGAGUUGAAAGAAAAAUUUGGUGCCGGUGAAAGUUGUAAUCUUGUCUGCAACUUGUGCGGACACGAGUCAAAGUGUUUAUCAGAAUCUUUAAGGCACCAAAAAAUACACAAUGUCCAACCCCAAGGAAAUUCUUCGGUAUUGGGUACCAUAUUCAGUGGUGCAGAUUUGUCUUCAACGAGAUGCCAGUACUGCAGACAACGGUGUAAGACAAGUGCGGAUUUAUUGGUGCACUUAAAAUCCUGCACGGAGGCCAACAAAAGUACCACCGAAACAAUAAAUAUUGAUGAUGACGACGAAAGGGACGACUAUGGAGGAGAAGUGGAUGGUGAAAGGAUGGAGUUUGAAGACAAUGAUGGAGAGGAAGAGUAUAAGUCUGAAGACGGAGAAGAAGACCCAGAAGAGCUGAACCCGCCUCAUCCGAUGGAGAAUAAAGUGUUUGUUUGGACGAAUCUCACCAACGGAGAAGAGGACGGAUUGGAUGAUGAGUACGACUGCGGCAGUCAGUCUCCCAACAGUGACUGUGUGUUUGGCAUCGAGACGGCUCCUGGGAUUGGAGCAGUGACGAGUAAAAAUAAGGCUAUUACACAUAGCAAUACAUCCGGACCGAUAGUCCAGCCCAAAGAAGCCAAGCCAAAGCCAGACAAUUCUGUUAAAAAGGUUUACAAGUGUCCCCACUGCUCAUUCUGGGCCUCGACAGCGUCACGGUUCCAUGUCCACAUAGUCGGCCAUCUGAACAAGAAGCCGUUCGAGUGCUCUCUGUGUUGCUACCGUUCCAACUGGAGGUGGGAUAUCACGAAGCAUAUCAGGCUCAAGACAGUCCGGGACUCCACCCACCAGCGUGCUAAGGUGCUGAUGACGGAUGAGACGGGACGCCGGAACUACUCCAAGUACAACAAGUAUCUGACACUGAUGAGGGUUCAUGAACCUGCGGCGGAGAGCAGCGGAUCCGGUCAGAGAGGAAAGAAGAUAACGCAGUCUUUUGAGCCGAUAGAGACUCUCCCUGCCCCACCCAAGCUGACACCCGCUCCCCCUUCUGCUCUUCAAGAGAGCAAUGGCAGCGGGUUGUCCAAUUCACCAACGCCGAUGAACCAGUUCAGAGCCAUCUACCCAAAACCACCUCCUCUGCAGCCGUCAUUCGACAUGAAACGGAAGGGCCUGGAGAAUUCAGAGGAGGAACCACCAAAGAAAAAAGGACUCAUGGAAAACAAGAAGACUAUGUGGAAGUGCAAGAAAUGUCUUUUCAGGGAUGGAGACAGGGCCGUGGUACUGGCCCACGUCAAGGGCCACUAUCGCAACCCAGGAGGGAUGCAGAGCAACCAAUCAGAGGCUCCUGAUGAGGCAAGUCCUAAUCGGUUACGAUUGCAGGAUGGCCCAUACGUGUGUGGCCACUGCAACCAAAUGUCUCAGUGGAAACAUGUUAUCCAGCGCCACUGCCGGCUGAAGCACAACGGUGAUGUGAAAGUGAGUUUAGCGCCGCGCCAGAACCCUGAUGAGGCACCAGAGAAGACUGAUGAAGAAAGUGAACCAGAGUCGUAUUUAUGUGAGACCUGUCCGUUUGUGGGCAACAGCCAACAGAACCUGGACGACCACGUGGAGAAGCACUUUGAACGGCCAGGGGCUACACUGAAGUGUUACUUCUGCUCUUUCUACGUUUCUGAUAAAGAGGAGUUGAUGGAGCACAUCAGUCUCCACGGAGAAGCGGACACUGAGGAUAGCUUUCCCCGAGAGGAUGAGUCUUCCAACACGUUCCCUUCUGGCGGAGAGAAUGGGGACCUGUUUAUGAACAAGCGAUACCGCUGCUCUGCGUGUCCAUACGUGUCGAACAGCAAGACCCAGUUUCUGUACCAUAAGCAGUUCCACCGUCCUCGUGGAGCUCCCUUCCAGUGCACUCUCUGCUCGUACAACGUCCCACGGAGACACUUCCUUCAGCAACACUUGCGCUUACACGGCAUCAACACUCCGCUGCCGAGGAACAAGAACUCCGACUUUGUGGACACUGAGGUGCCGUUGAAUAUCAAGGAGAUCGACACCAGCAACAUGGCGGAGAUACCGCUCGUCUGGGUGUCCAAGCUGGGGAGUCUCACCAAGAUGUUCAAGUGUAGGUACUGUCCACACGUGAACAUUCGCAAGUCAAACAUACAAGAACACGAAAAGAUGCACGGAAUCAGAACCAAACCGAAUCCGGAAGGGACCUCGCCGAUACCACAACAGCAGCAUCAUUGCCCGGAGUGCAACUAUAUUUGUAACAACGCUGGAGUUCUUUCUUCCCACACCAAGGUCCAUCAAGGCCUCUUUGGGCAGGUCUGCGGACUCGUCGACUUAUCUCGAAGUGAUGAGGACCAAAUCAAAGAUCUGAAUGCACUACUUGGGCGUGAAGAAGAGGGACCCCCUGAAAUUUCCCCGGAUGAAAUCAAUAAGGAUUUUAAAGACACUUUAUCGCCACCUAUGAGUGUGCAGUCCACGCCAGAGAAAGAUUCAGACAAAGGCGCAGCUGACAAUAGAGUUUUGCACUUUUGUUCCAUAUGUCCAGCUAGGUUUUUGUAUCCGAAAGAGUUGGAAAUACAUUUACGAUUUCAUAAUUUACAGCUGCAAUUCCAGUGUGAUUCGUGUUCGUAUACGGCACGACAACAGCCUCAUCUGCUGGCACAUUACAAGGUUCACACCGAUGAGUAUCAGGACAGGACGAAUGCGCUGUGCGAGGUCUAUCAGAUAUCUGAAGAGCAUCCAAAACCAAAAAUAGCUGUGAUAGUCGAUGGCUCGGAAGAAGUAGGUCCUGCGUGGGUAGUUGUUGAGAGGCAGAAGAUGCCUGCUAAGGAUCCACAGAACGAGUACGACUUAGACGAGGCUCCGAGUGAAACUAGUCAACACGGUAAUCGCAUCGUUACCAAACAGUUUGCCUGUGAAAAGUGUCCUGCAACUUUCUUCAAGUCAGUGGCUCUGCAGUACCAUGUGACUCUGCACGGAGGUCCAGGACCUCACAAGUGUCGGGUCUGCGAUUAUUCUGUUAAAACUUACGGAAACCUCAUCAAACACGAGACCGUACAUGAAGAAUUGGAGCCGAGAGUUAAACUGAAGCCCAAAGCUAAACGACCGCAAGAAAAUAUUCCCACGUCCGGGACAGAGUUGUUUAAACAGAAAACCGAAGCCAACCAGAAGGUGGCAGCUUUGGCUCCCCCUCCCCCUCCUCCGCUUCACAUUGACCCAGAGUUUGGCAUCCUCAUGCAUGGAAGUCCAGAAUUCAUAUAUCCUACGUACUUGAAGAACGGUCGGCUGAAAGAAAAACGGUACAAGUGCCACAAAUGUCCCUCUGCUUUUGAAAAAAGGGAACAGUACAAAGUUCACCUGUCCCUUCACGGAUCCAAGCAGAGGUACAAUUGCGAACGAUGUGACUAUUCCGUGAAAUAUUACGCCAACUAUAUCCAACACUUGAGGAAACACCAAAGCAACGACGCGUGUAAAGCGGAGAGAAAGACGUCUACAGACAAAAAUACAGACGAUUCACCAAAUGACGAGGGAUCUGAAACCGUAUUUCCAGAAGUACCUGCCUUUGAAGAAAUACAACCUCAGCCCCCCAUAACUUCCAGGAGCUCGAAGAAGAUGCAGCUUUCGAUGGCUGAUCAACAGACUAUGAUGCUGAUGCAGCAGAGAGUCAUAAGUAAUUCAGUCUCGGCACCAGAAGUGACUAACAGGUGUCCUCACUGUCCUUAUAGCAAUCAGAGGAAAGAUGGAGUCGGGAGUCACGUCAAAUGCCAUUCGAACAUCAAGGGCGGAGCAUUCGCCUGCAAGUAUUGUGACUACACAGUGCCGCAGCAACAUUUUCUGCGAGAACAUAACAAGUUACACUUCACACCUUGGAAGAGUACGAGGCCAGAGGCUUACAUGAAAUGUGACCGGCUGGAGCUCUGGGCUGAGCCUAUUGUGGAAAUCAUAGAAGAUAAAUCUAAGGAAGACAGCCUUAAGAAAAUAUUGAUUUUCAAAGAUAGAGGGGUGAAUUCCAAAGAAAACCGAUUUUUACCAUCGUACACUUCUGAUAAUUCGAACCAGCCUGAGGAGGAAACCAAAGAAAGAGUUUAUAUUAAUUUGAAAACUGGAGAGGUCGACGUAAGCAAUCCGGAAAGCGUUGAAAAUUCAGAUAGAGAAGAUGAAAAAGAAAAUAUUGCAAUCAAACCAAAGGAUAUUGUUUCUGAAAAUGUAUCAAAAACUACCGAUGAACAUGAAGAUCCCCAGACAAUAGAAACAACAGUUGAUACUACAAAUAAUGAAGUAAACACCUCCUGUGAGGAUAGUGCUGGAGAAGCGAAUGAUGAAAGUUCAGAAAAAUACAUUCCAAUGGACGUAGAUGAGGACAAAAGUGACGAAGUUGAAAAUUCGUCAGUGCCCGUGCUUGAUGAAGAAAACACAGACGUCAAUCCAUUAGCAGACCAGAUGACAGGGGAAGAAAAUCAUAUAGAUAUCAGCGAAAAUGAAAACUGUAAUAUGUUUCUAGACAAUGAUGAUGACGAUGAAGAAGAAGAAGAGCUCACCAAUGCAAUUAGAACUGUCAUUGGGAACAUAGACUCCGAAAACCAAGAAGCAACCGAUGAUCUAAAUUUGACUGCUGACCAAGAAUCACAAGAGUCCAAUGCGGGAGAAGAAGCGAGUGUUAAUGAGUCACCACAAGAUUGCUCCGUUCACCAAAGUGAUGCAGAGAGCGGAGAGAAAUCGGAAGCGAAAGGGACAUCUUCUGGAACUUCAGAUAGUGAUACCGAAGACAGCAGUUCGGAUUCUUCAUCUUCCAGUGGUGAUUCUGAAGAUUCCAGUUCCAGUUCUGUCACAUCAUCACAACAACCAUAAGACUGCAAGUUACCUGGGUUUGACUGCCUUAGCUAUGAUAUCAAAUUAUGUCAAAUAUUAUCGUUUGAAUGAGUGGGAUCUUUGUAAAUACAUUGGCGAGAAUGGUGUGUGAACGGAUAUGCUGUAAAUUUAUAAAUAAAUAAAUAUGUUCCUAUUUAAACCAUUAGUAAUAAUGUAAAUAUACACUGCUCUGGUUUAAAUAUUAUCGAUUUGCCAUUUGUUUUGUUGUGAUAGUAGUUUUAAGCCUAUUUCUUGACAAAUCUAUUUAUUUUUAUGUUUUAUUUUACGUGAGUGAAAAUACUUUUUUCCAGGACUUAACAGAUGAUCUUUACGUGUACGCAAUACUGUAUGUCUAAAAUUAGUUUAGAUUGUAAUAAAUAACUACAAUUCCAUAGUAAUUCGUUAGUUCUUUUUUAUUGUUAUUAUUUUCUAUGUAUAAUAGGUGUAUAACGAUUAAUUUUUUGUUUGUUUGUUUUUUAGAAUGAAAAGUAUGCAUCAAACUGAAAGUUUGUUUUCUGAAUAUUAAAUUGGUAUUCUCUUAGAUAAAUUGUAAUAACAUAUUUUACGGAUAUGAGACCAAAAUAAUGUACAAUUAAAUGUAUAGAAUAAUUUAAAGGUAUUCAAAGAAUAGGAAAAUUUCGUAUGUUGGGUUGUUUUUGGAUGUAAUGUUCUUUGAAUUUCACUAAUUUCAUUUUCUAUGUUACCUUAUUUAUGAUCAUUAGACCUUUUAGGCUAAUUGGUCAAUGGCAUAUCCCAAAGAUUAUGUACAUACACUACAGUUAUUGUAUAUUUCUAUUAUGUCUGUGUUUAAUAAUAGGGAUAUAUCUGAUGUAAGAUCAAUUAAUUCAACAUUUUUUUCUUACAAUAGCACUAUUUUAAUUGUUUGUCUUUAAAGGAUCGUAAUAAAUUUUCUUUAUAUACAGUA